GAACACGGCCACACUGUCCCCCUUCCCUUCGCCGGCAAAAAUGCUUCCUUUUUCCUCCUCCUCCUCGUCGUCACACGAACUCACCGCCUCCCUACUCGAUCUUAUCUAGUACCAGCGCCGGAGCGGACCAUUGACUUCGCCAUGGACGCCUUAGCUGGAGACUCUUCUGAAGCUGCUGCUGCUGCUGCUAGUGGCGGCGGUAAUGGUACUGGUGGCCUAUUCUCGUCCUCAGCCUCUGCUGUCAGUAACCAGAGAGGUCCCUUCGGAUCCGUGCUGCAGAAGCACGACAGAGGGUCCGGUGAGUCCGAAGAGUACGAUUGGAGAUCGCCCAAGGUGGCCAGGUCCGAUGCAUUGACCGCAGCACCCGCAAAGGCGGUUCCUUUCCUCCUCAGAUCCGAAACCCAUCCCCUGUUCCCUGACGGCGAGCAAAUGCUCAGCUUCUCGUCAGCAUCCAAGAGCGAGAUGGUGACUGAUGCGACCUUGGCUUACUACAACCGCCCCUCCGUGAGCUCUUCCUCCGCGCAGUGCUACCUCAGGGGAAAUGCAGGCUUGUUAUCAGCAAGUUCUAAUGGUAACUCGCAAAGCGUUUUGGCGAGGGUAAGGGGACCCUUCACUCCUUCUCAGUGGCUGGAGCUGGAACACCAGGCAUUGAUCUACAAGUACCUCCUUGCAAAUGUGCCCAUUCCAGCCACUCUGAUCGCCCCCCUACGGCGGAGUCUAGGUGCUUCUUCCUGGUUCUCUCCUCUGUCAGCUGGAUCUUUUGGCUCAGUGGGGUGGGGGUCAUUCUAUUCUGGGAAUGCUGACCCAGAGCCUGGUAGAUGCCGUCGGACCGACGGGAAGAAAUGGCGAUGCUCCAGGGAUGCAGUUGCUGACAAGAAAUACUGCGAGCGACACAUGAACAGGGGCCGCCAUCGUUCAAGAAAGCAUGUGGAAGGUCAGAGUGGCCAUGCCGCCAAAGCAACUCCCAUAGCUACCUCUUCCCAACCGACUUUUGCUCUUCCUGAUGGUGGUGCUUCGUCUGGUGCUCUCACGGCUGCGCAGCAGCUGAGUAAAAGCUUGCAGUCUAACAUCAAAGAUCCUGUGCAGUACAAUGGGAUGCAGGUGAACAAUGAAGAACAAAAUAAUUAUUCUCAGAAUCUGAAAAGCCUCUCUGUGCCAAAUCUUGUUUGCCAAAGACCUCAGAGUAACUUCUAUCCGAUCUCAAAGCCACACACGCCCUUUGAAGGAACCCCUUCCAGUGCUGAGUUGGGUGCCUUUGCCAACGAUUCAGUUUUGAAUUCCUCAUGGAGCUCGUUAUCUGAUAGUGUCAGUUUGAUUCCCUCCCCCAAGCUCAAUCACCAUGAUCAGUCCAACCCCCUUCGGCACUUCUUCGAUGACUGCCCCAAAGUCCAGUCCAACUAUCUGACCGCUACCUGGCCUGGAGUUGAAGAAACACAGACAGAUAGAACCCAACUCUCCAUCUCCAAUCCAAUAUCUUGUUCUGACUUCUCGUCCACCACCUCAUCUAACCAUGACAUACUAGCACUUUCACCACUUAAGUUGUCGAGAGAAUACGGAUACGACCAUGUCCAUAUGGGUUUAGGCAUGGGAGUUCUAACCAAUGCAUCCCAGAGGCAGAUGAAUUGGAGACCUCUCUCCUGGGAGGCUUCCAUAUCUGGACCCUUAGGAGAGGUGCUGAACAGCACCAGUAGCACACCCAAGGAUCAAAGCAAGAACUCUUUUACAUCUCUAAAUCUCUUGGCAGAUGACUGGGAUUCAAGAAGUCGAAUGGAGUUCUCGCCAACUGGUGUACUGCAGAAAACUUCAUUAGCAUCAUUAUGUAGCAGCACGGGAAGCAGUCCGAGGGCAGAGAACCGCAUGCUUCAUGAGGGUACAAGCAGCCACUGCAAUGACCUGAAUGACUCAACCCUUGUCGAUGCUCCAACAAUCCCUCCACUCUGAAAUCUGAGUCAACAGUAUGAUGAGAAUUUCAACCGAAAAAAAAGAGUGCUGACUUAGCUAAUCAAGAACAUGAAACUAUGUGAGUCUGAAUUGAUAUGCUAGUCUAUAUGUUUAUUUUGUUCCUGUACAAACUUUAGUUGCCUGGUUCACUAUAAGCACCAGUCUUCUCUGAAUCUUCAGUUGAUAAUGUUUUAUUUUCUAUAUGUUUGGGAACUGAAAGCUUCUAUCACUUUGUAUUUACUUUGUAAUGACAGUAAUUUUCGCAGUUGGCUUAAUGUUAGUUAAUUUGUUCACUCA